AUGUCUUUCUGCCAUGAUGGUGACGAUGAUGACGAUGAUGAUGAUGAUGAUGAUGAUGAUGAUGAUGAUGAUGAUGAUGAUGAUGAUGGUGAUGAUAAUGAUGAUGAUGAUGGUGAUGAUGAUGAUGACGAUAAACGAACACCUGAUCAACUACCAAAUGAAAGCCUUAUUUCGGUACAUUUCCAAAUUUCCUUUGCACAAUACGGUGUUAACAUCCACACGGUCAGCGGAUCGGCACCCGAAUCCGGCUUCAUCACCUGCGUACCCAGCAGUCCACUGUCAAAUCCGGUGUGGACAACUAAAAUGCUUACCAUGACAGUACCUGUAAACGGUCCACCGGGUAUUGAUUAUCACGAAGAUGAAGAUGACAAGGCUGGUCAUGCUGAAGAUAACACGGAUGAUGACUAUGAUAAUGGCGACGGUGAUGCCGAUGAAACAGAGUGA